CUGAUGGAGCGGGACGUCGAAAGCCCUGUGGCCGCUCGGCAGCCAAAUCUACCGAAGCAAGUGUGGGAGAACAGCCCGAGGAAGAGUGGCAAGUCUUCUGUCAAGAACGUCCAGAGGUACGUGAGGAAGGACGGCAAAUGCAACGUUCACCACGGCAAUGUGCGGGAGCGUUACCGUUACCUGACCGACAUCUUCACCACGCUGGUGGACCUGCAAUGGAGACUCAAUCUGCUCAUCUUCGUCAUGGUGUACACAACCACUUGGCUGUUCUUUGGACUAAUCUGGUGGUUCAUUGCCUUCGUACGAGGGGAUCUCCUCCACAUAGGGGAUGCCUCCUGGAUGCCUUGUGUUAACAAUCUCAAUGGCUUUGUCUCUGCCUUUCUCUUCUCCAUUGAGACUGAGACCACCAUUGGCUAUGGCUACAGAUUCAUCACAGACAAGUGCCCCGAGGGCAUCAUCUUACUGCUAGUGCAGUCGGUGAUGGGCUCGAUAGUCAACGCCUUCAUGGUGGGCUGCAUGUUUGUGAAGAUCUCGCAACCCAACAAGAGGGCCGAAACCCUGGUGUUCUCCACCAAUGCCGUGAUCAGCGUGCGCGACGGCAGGUUGUGCCUGAUGUUCCGUGUCGGGGACCUGAGGAAUUCCCACAUCGUGGAGGCAUCCAUCCGCGCCAAGCUCAUCAAGUCCAAGCAGACCAGGGAAGGGGAGUUCAUCCCGCUCAACCAGACGGACAUCAACGUGGGCUACGACACGGGAGACGACCGUCUCUUCCUGGUCUCCCCGCUCAUCAUCUGCCACGAGAUCAACCAGCAGAGCCCUUUCUGGGAAAUCACCAAAGCCCAGAUGGCCAAGGAGGAUCUGGAGAUCGUGGUGAUCCUUGAAGGAAUGGUGGAGGCGACAGGUAUGACUUGUCAAGCUCGGAGUUCGUACGUGACCAGCGAGAUUCUUUGGGGCUAUCGCUUCACGCCGGCGCUGUCUCUGGAGGAGGGGUUCUACGAGGUCGACUAUAACAACUUUCACGAGAUCUACGAGGCAAAGACGCCGGCCUGUAGCGCCCGAGAAAUGUCGGAGAUGGUCAGCAAAGCGGAACUGCCCCUCACCUGGUCCGUCUCCACCAAACUCAACGAGGAGGACGAGGAAGAAGAGGCGGAGAAGCCGGGGCCGGACGAGGACAAGAGCCGCGAGGAGCAGACGGAGCAGAACGGCGAGGUUGCAAACCUAGAGAGUGAAUCCAAAGUGUGAGCUGUAAGGUGGACUUCUUUGCUCAGGACAGGGUGGAAGAUCACGUCGUUUGGUGUGCGUGAUGAAUAGAGUCAGGGUGAGCGGAGGUUUCCACUUGCACAACCUACGGGUGAAAUUAGAGGUUUGAACAACAACAAAAACAAAAACAAAAACGCGAGUUGGGAAAUAAUGGUGAGGUGCGUGGCAUCGAGCUGAAUGAAUGGGACGUGGUGUGGCAAACAGUAGGGUUUUUACUUUAGCAAGUUAGGCACAAAAUCCGUGAUCGAUAUAGGGAGCAGCUUAAAGCAUAUCGGUCGCAUUAUGGAGCACGCACCUGUGUUCAGAAGCUACUUAGAAAAGAGCGGAUGAAAUUCCUCUUCGGUCUUUAACGCCCAAUGUGCACAAGUCUGUCGCCUACUUUUUUUUAUCAUGCAGUUGCAUUUUCAGAGGCAAAACAAACUGCCACUGACAUUCCCACAUGCAUCUCAGCAUCAGUGCCCAAAGCAAGAUUUCUCCCCUCCACUCACGCCUGUGUUCAGGUAUUGCAGACAGUCAGUUUACUAAAGAAGCUCAGAUAUCCAACAGUUGAUCGUCCCAAGUAUCUACAUAUUCCCAUUGUUCCGCUGUCGAGGUCAAUGCAGGCUAAUGAUUCCUUAUUAAAGAAGAAAAAAUAAAAUAAAUGCACUUACAUGGGCAAACUAUUCAGUAAUAUUUUCUUACUGGAUUCAAGCAAGAUCACUGGGCAGGGAAAGAGGUUUGUGCUUUAAAAAUUCGGUGCUCCGCUGUUACAGGAGUCACUGCAAAUAAUUAUUUUAAAUGUCAUUUGCAAGUUGCUUUCUUAAACUAUUUUACUCUUUGUGUUUCUAACGCGGAUUCCUUCGAAAAGAAGCACCUAUUCUAAGAAUAACACGUCAAUCGGCUGUUUUUUAACUUUCAUAAGGUCAUAGGUGA